AUGAGUCUGUAAAAUUAUACCUCUAUCUGCCCAGUUGCUCGUCCUAAUUCGGGCUUCAAAUCUAAAUCUCCUUUGUUUUCUCUCAAGAGAUAUUCCAAUUAAACUAAAGAGUAAUUAGCCUAAGAAACUCAGAAAUAGCAAUCAGGUUCUGAAAUUGAUUAAACUAACUUAUCUUCGCAAUACUAUACAUUAAAUCAAACGAAAUUGAAUUAAUCUAAACAAGAAGGGAUAGUCAGGAAUUUAAAUACUUCUUAAGACAUAAACAGUAAAACUAAAAAGAAUUCUAGUAGUUCUGGAAGACUUGUGAGCUACUAAGCAAGGAGAGACGAGAAAAAAGUGAAUAAAAGUUAGAGCAGCAGAAGUCAAUCUCAAAGUUAAUUUAUUGAUCAAGAGUAAAAAGAUGCCUAUUUGACUGCCUUCGAUGAAACAACACCAAAGCCACUCCUACUCAGACCUAAGUAGCAAUCUUUACAUGAAAGGAGAUAGACAUAGAAUGAUUAUAAAAUGAACUCCCAGACUCCACAGAUUGUAGAAAAAUAUGAUAAAAAGAUGCCUAUUAUAGUCGAGGAUGUUAGCAAUUAUGCGGAUAAAACAUAAGUAGCAAAGCAUCAAGAUUUAAAUGAAUUAAAGGAGUAACUUGAAAAACAAUAACAAGAUAUUGAAAUGUAGAGAUCUUUAUAGCAAAUUAAUAUCGAAUCGUUUGAUUCCAAUAGUCCAUAACUUAAACUCGAGAAUCUAGUCAACCUGUGGAGCAAAAUUAAGAGUGCUCACUAAGAUAUUAACAAUAGCAGAGAAAACAGCAAAGAUAGAAAAGCUCUAAAAUAUUUUAACAAAAACUUACACAUCGAAGCCCCUAUGGUAAAUAUAGACAAAGUAGAAUUAAAAAAAGCCAACUCCACUCAGAAUCAGAAUAUUUGUUCGAUUAAUCAUGGGAUCCUAACAGAUGAAUAUUGCAACUUGAACUAUUAAAGAAACUAUGAAAAUACGUCUUAACAGGAUCUGUCAGCUUUAAAUAAUUCCCAUUUUGAAGCUUUGCAACCUAGAGUUAACGACCCUUAAAAGAUUCAAAAGAGUCUUGCUUUAUUAAAAAGCAGGCAGCUUUCAACCAAUAAUAGAACUUAGAUUAAGGAUUAAACCUUGAUUCAUAAUAUGAGCAUUUAAGAUAAAGAAGGAGGGAUAAGUAGUUUACAGUAGCUUCAGAUAACUCCAAUUUAGCUAGCCAAACAAAUACUUGAGAAAAAUAAACAGUACUUUGAAAAGCAAACUAAUCAGAAAAGCUCUAAAAAGAGCAAUAGUAAUAAUACUUCUAAUAUUUCAACUCCAUCAAAGCUGAAUAAUUUAAAUUCAACUACCUAUAUUUAAUCUAUUAAAAAGUAGUAUCUCACUUCAUACAAGUAAAAUCUGUAAAUGAGUCCUAAAAUCAAAAAUAAGCCUUAGAUGAGAGAAGACAGUGUCGAAAGUAAUAACGAAGCACUUAGUAAAGAUAGAUUCUUCAGCUCAACUAUAGAGUCUAACAAAUAAGCCAAUGAAAAUAGGUAGGACAAGUUAAAUUACAUAAUAUCUUAAGUUAAACACAAAAUUGACUUGCAAGACUAUGAUUAACAACAACCGUAAAGACAAGAAAGUUCAAAAUUAACUCUGAUACCUUAGAAAUAAAGAUCAAUUCAUCAAAGAAAUUCAAUGAUAGAAUAGUAAUGCUAAAAGCUUAUUCCUGAUAAUUCUAUUGAAGAGCACAAUCUUGAAUUAAAAACAGAAAACCAAGUGAGGUUGAAUAAUCAUCAUACAAUUAAAGUUUAACAAUUGAAUUCAACAUAAAGUGGUCAAAAUUAAGAUAGUCUUCGGAUCAAUUCACUUUCAAAGAUUCUUCCUUCUAAAUUGAAACAGCCUACUGUAAUAAAUAAGACUCCUAGUAACUAGGCAAUGCAUAAAUUAGACAACAAUAAACUUAAUUAGACAGCUAAGUUGAUGGCAUUAAAAUAGAGAGGCAUCAAUAAGGUACUUACCACUAACUCACAAGGUACUACUAGAUUUUCAUCCAAGAGAAAUUCAUUACAAUCUGGAAUAUUGUAGACAAAAAUCAAGUGA